AUGACCCAAUUCAACAUCAACAUCGUGUCGGACACAAUCUGCCCAUGGUGCUAUGUUGGCAAAAAACGCCUUGAAAAGGGCAUCGCAGCAUACAAACAAAAGCACCCAGAUUCCGAUGACACGUUCUCCACACAGUGGUUCCCCUUUUACUUGAACCCGGACGCCGGUAAAAGCCUUGACAAACAAGAAACGUACGCUAAGAAAUUCGGAAAGGAGCGCACAGCAACCAUGAACCAGAUGCUCGCCAAGGUCGGCCAUGAUGAGGGCAUCAACUUCAAGUUCGGUGGUAACACAGGCAACACCCGCGACUCGCAUCGCCUAGUUCAGCUCGGCAAGACCAAGGGCCCGAAGCUGCAGACGCGCGUGGUCGAGGAGCUAUUUGCUGCGUACUUUGAAAACGAGAAGGACAUCACAACGCAGGAGGUCUUGAUUGAGAGCGGCGUAAGGGCAGGUCUUGAUGAGAAGGAAGUGAAGGAGUGGCUGGAUAGUGGGAAGGGUGGUGCUGAGGUGGAUAAGGAGGUGCAGGAUGCGCGUGAACAGAACAUCAGUGGCGUGCCAAACUUCACCAUCAACGAUCAUUUCCAAAUUGGAGGAGCUCAGGAGCCAGCUGCGUUUGUGCAGCUAUUCGAACGUAUUAAGAAGAUGGACGGGAGUCUUUGA